AAUGGUUGAGUUGAAGGUGGUAUUACUCAGAUGGGCUCCUCUGUUAAAUUGAAGUUCUUCACACACAACACACACACACACACACACUCACAGACACAGAGGUAUGGCAUCAGCCCAGCAGUGGUCAGAGCUUCCAAGGGAAUUGUUAGAGAAGGUUGCAAAGAGCCUUCAUCUAUAUGCUGAUUAUGUUCGAUUUCGAGCGGUUUGUGUUUCAUGGGAAUCUGCUUUACCAAAGACUCCAAUUCACUUACCUAGACAACUACCACUGUUAAUGCUCCCUUAUGAUCAGGGAAGUAAUAAACCCAAUGAAUUCUUCAGUAUCAAUGAGAACAAAUCCUAUUCCCUUAACUUUCCCAAUGAGUUCCAUAGCAAGUUCUUCCGUGGAUCCAGCCAUGGUUGGCUUGUUAUAGUUGAUAGAACUCCCUCCAUUUGCCUAUUCAAUCCUUUCACCAAAGCCCACAUAGAGCUUCCUUCCUUGUCAAACUCUAAUGGUUUUGAAUCUUUGUAUAAGAUUGUGUUACAGUCACCUCCCUUUUCAUCUAAUUUCAUGGCCAUAGCCAUAAUUGGGGAUCGCCAAAGACAUCUUUUUUUUGGUUGGAGGGGUCGUUUGAAAUUGGCAUUCUGCAGAUGUGGAGACAAUAGAUGGACUUCAUUGAAGGAAAGGACUCCUAGUGCAGGUAAUUACAUAGAUGUCAUAUUCUAUAAGAAGCAACAAAUCAUUGCUGCAAAAUCAAAUGGACUAUUUGAAAUCAUGGACAUUACUGGUGGCAAUGGAAAUUCUACUCCUAAGAUUAAGGUUAUCCAGAUACUGAGACCACCGGAUUCAGUUCCUCUUGAUCAUAAUUUGUAUCUGGUGGAGUCUAACGAUGAAUUGUUGGUCGUUAGUCGGUCGGUGCUAGUGUCUGAAUGCAGAGAUUAUGAUUACAGAACAACUGGGUUUUCUGUUUAUAAGCUGGAUUUGAUCAAGAACAGCAGUGGCAGCUUCAGCUACAAGUGGUCUGAGGUGAAGAGCCUAGGUGACAGGAUUUUGUUUCUGGGUUUGGAUCCAUCUUCUUCUUUUGUGGCCAGUGAUUUCCCUGGAUGUAAAGGGAAUUGCAUAUAUUUCACUGAUGAUCUAUGGGAUUGUCCAUUGGAGGGGGGUACCAGUAGGGGAUCUGAUGUUGCUUUGUUCGAUAUGGGUGAUCGAUGGAUCAAGCCAUUGCCAUGCUACCCUAGAGAACUCAAUUGGCCACCGCCAAUUUGGAUCACACCCAGUCCAAUUUAAUCUAUAUCAAGUUCUGUGAAUUGAUGUUAACUAUAAGUAGAUUAAACUCUUAUGACAUUUUGAUAAACAAAUAGAUGAGUUAUACUUUUGUAUAUUCUUUCUGGUUAUUUAUUUCUGUCAGUGAACAUGUCUGAUUCAUGUAAUUUUAGUGAAAACAAGAAUGCCUGUUUUCAAAUCUGUACAGUAAUGUGAAAUGUGAAAGGAUUUGGUGACAA